ACAAAACGCAUGCGCGUGCUGCGCCAUGUACACAAUUGAUCCAUACACCCCCGAGAACCCCGAGAAGCCCUUUUUCACGACGACCGCCGAGCAACCCUCCUGUACACGAUAAUUACUGACACCUCGGUACAUAGCUAUUAUGGAUACGGACAGGACCUGGUGCACUCGUACUGCCGAGUAACGUCUCGAAGAUCAGCAUGGAGUUCAAUAAAAAGAUAUACGGAGGACAUCAUGGAGCCAGGAAAUUCUGGCGCGAAAUGCUCCCCCGAAUAAAAUUCCGCAACCCCGCAAUCCCCAUCGAAAUCUCACGUCACGAACAAGCAGAAGGCCCUUCGCUCCUCCACAUCUACACCACCGCAUUCCCUCCCGACACGUCCACCAAUCCCGCAACCAAGGCCCCCACGCCGCCAUCCAGCACGCCGAACGCACAAAACACGCUCACGCCUGACACAGCGAAGCCCGAACACACCAUCGACAUUCGCUCCAUGUCCGAGCUGACCAUCCUCGAGCAGUUAAUUGCGAAGACGGGCGCGGAAGUGAUUGAGAUGACACCAGAAGAGCAGGAAGAGUGGGAGGAAGUGCAGAAGUUCAAGGAGACUAGUGAGAGGGAUCGACAGACUGUGAGGGAUAAGCUUAUGCGGGAGAGACAUGAGCAGGAGUUGAUGAGGAUUGCUCGGGGUGAUGCCGCCUAG